AUGGAAAUGAAGGCGUCUUCUGCGCUCGUGCUCUGCGUGUCCGUUACCGUUCACCUCGCGCUCGCUCAGCUUCAGCUGCUCUUGCGCCCGUCGCCUAGCGACCACCUGCCGGUACCGGACCUGCACGAGGAACCCGACCCGGCGCUGGAACCAGGAGAGAAGGAUUUAGCCCCUCGGUUGCUGCGGAGGAAACUCGGCAGCAGCUUUGACCCCGUCUUCUCGUCGGUCGGUCAACCGACUCCCGGUAACGGGUCCGUAAUCACGCGAGAAGACGACAUGAGUCUCGCCGGAGCGAUUCCCCGCGAGUUCCAGCAGCUGGAUUUCACCGGUCUCAGAGCGGCGGCGAAAACGGAGCGCAGGGUGCGCCGGUGGCUGUGGUCGUACACCCGGUGUCCGGUGCUGUCGGUGUGGAAAGAUCUGGGCGUGCGUUUCUGGCCGCGAUACGUCAAAGAGGGGCAGUGCUCGGCCGAACGCUCGUGCUCUUUACCGGAGGGCAUGUUUUGUAAGCCGGUGCGGUCCGUGAGCGUCACACUCCUCCGGUGGCGCUGCCAGCAGGACUCGCGCGCGCUCAGGCCCUGCUCGUGGAUCCGCGCGCGCUACCCGGUGAUCUCACAGUGCGGCUGCGCGUGCUUGUAGCGGCGCAGAGUCAUCUCGUUAGAUCUGGGAUGAAAUUUGAAUCGGACUUGUUCCUGUCACCCACCCAUAUAACUUUGAGAAGGGGAUCAGUGGACUUUACUAAUGGAAAGACACAUCUGUGAUUGUGUAUGAUGUUUUAAAUUAUAUUGUUGUGUGAAGCAUGAAGAAGAAAGAAAAAGACAAUAAAAGUACAGAGACUUCACUACGUUGGGCAUUUGAAUUGUUAUAUAUAUAUCUAUAUAUAUAUCUAUAUAUAUCUAUAUAGAUAUAUAUAUAUAUAUAUAUAUAUAUAUCGUUUAUUGUUCGCUACGGUGCUGCUAUUUAUUCUACUCUGGCCGUUUCCUGAAGAAAAAAAAAUCCGAUCUAUGUAAUGAAUAAUUUUUAUUUUAUUUUUUAUUUUUUGAUUACCCGAAGUUUAUUGUUGUUGUUCUCUUAUUCAAAUUAUAAAUGAUAUAACUAAACAAAUUAAUAAUUGGGCCUAGGUGAAGCUGUGCGCUUGAAUUUGUCAUAGCAUCAUCCUAUGCAGUGUGGAGAAUUAUUAUUGCUCAUUAUUGUCUAUUGGCUAUUUUAGUAAUUUAAGUAACAUGGGUUAUCCUAAUAUAUUGAUUAAUGACAUUGUAUUAUAAUAUUACACCACCCAAAUAUUUACUACCUUCUAAUUUUCGUUGUCAGUGCAGGCUUUUCUUUUUUUUUUUUUAGCUUACUGACCAUUAUGGAUUAGUGUAGGCUGCAUUAAAAAGUCUUGAACAUAAAACAACAGGGUAAAAAUAUAGCUGACUACUAGACAUAAUAAUUUCAUGACUCUAGACACUUCUUUGUGAAGACAGUGGCAUUAUACAGUGAAAUAAUAUGUUCUUUAGCCAUAUAAAAACAGUUGCCAUGUGUGAGGGUAAAAUUUACCCGCUGGCGCUUUUAGGCAUACAGCGACCUCUGGCGGUUCUAAGUGCAUGUGUUACUCAGAAACAUCUAAGUAAAUAAUUCAAUAGAUAUUGUGUAGAUACCACGUCUACAUAAUUAUAAUAAGUAAUGCGGCACUCACCCGAACACAGACUUCAAUACAAUACACAAUGUCCGUAUUCUCUGGUUAAUUUCUGUGUAGGUGUGUCAAAAUGAACUCCAGAUGUAACAAAAUCUCAAGUUACUA